AUGCAGCAUGCCAUCGAUUCUCAGACGAUCUCGUCGUCGAAAAGAUUCACCCUCUGCAAUUUCGCUCGCCCUUCUCUAACAUUUUCCCUAUAUCGUAGUCCGAUCUCCAACCUCCAACAUCAUCCCGUUCACAUUCUUCCUCCCGAGCUUCUCAUUCGUAUCUUUGAGCUGGGCUCGUUUGAUGAUGCCCUAUUUCUUAUCACCAUCUCCCACGUCUGUCACCCAUGGAGGAUGCUUGCUAUACACACGCAUACCCUCUGGCGGCGCUUGUCGUUUUGUUCUCAUGGAUUGCGUUUGUGGAAGGAGCGCAUAGCCCGCGCCCGUGGGUGUUCCCUCGACGUUACAAUUACACCUCCGCAGCACCAUUUUCCCGAUAUGGACGCAUUAGCCCUACAGCUGCAUCUUCUUGUCCCACACAUAUCCAGAGCCCGCUCAUUUGAGCUGCGGUUUUCAAGCUACUCGCCGUUCUUAUGGAACACUGCUCUCGGCCCCAUAUGUCGUCAAGAACAACAGGACGAUAACAUGGGCAGACAUGCUUUUACUCCAUCGGUGCGCGCGCUGCAACUGGAGAGACUUACUCUGUGUUAUCCAGAGAAUGAUGACACAAAGGAGUUUGCUCUUUUCGCAGGCGUUGCGCCUCGGUUACAUAGCGUCACGCUUGAUGGCAUUCGCCUAACCUGGCUGCCAGAGCUUUAUGGUCGCCUCACAUAUCUCGACUAUACUCACCACGGAUUCACAACUGGGCCAACCGCCGUAGAUGAAGUUCUAGGAAUGAUUCGAGUUUCAUGCGCACUACGUGAGCUUCGCAUAUGUUUUAGGGAAAGAGUACUGGAUGGAGAAGUGUUGUACCUACCUCGCGAUAACGUUCCUGCAGGACAGACUCACCUUCUGCAGCUCGAGCGGCUCGUUCUUGCCGUCGACGAAUCGGAUAUCGAUAUACCCCCUGAGCUUACAUCGCUCUUGUCCCGCCUUUCUGUGCCCAACCUUCGCGAAUUACACCUGGUCGACCUUCGCUUUCAACCCGCUAACAGACGCUGGUGGAAACCAGCGCCAUUUCUUGGACUCGGAGACGCCCUGAGCCUUUUUCAAGUCACAAUACCAUCCAGCAUCAAAGUUCUGGCGAUGGCGGGUCGCUGGACAGAUCAUUCCUCCAUUCCUGCUCUUGCGAAACGCUUCAAAGAACUUCACAAUUUGGAAGUGGAUGGUGUUGAAAAUCUUGUUCACAUGUAA